AUGGGCUUGGGUGGUACUAUUGGCAAGAUGAGCCUAGGAGAGCCCAUAUUGAAACGACCACGUUUCCAUGUAGUGUUGUUGGCAUUGAUCAGAGGUCAACUCAACAACACCAGCUUCAAACUUAAACUCACCUCAACGUCCACUUGCUGUUACCACCUCGUCCUUUGCAAAAACGUGUUCUUUUCUCAAAUGGGUGGUUCAGGAAGAUGGCUUAAGUCGCUCAUUUCUCUCAGGAAGCCCUCCACAACUGAUCAAGAGAAGGGUGGUGAUAAGAGUAAGAGAAAGUGGAAGUUAUGGAGAGGCACUUUAGAAGGGUUUGGGAUUGGAAUCUCAUCCAUGCAGAAGGAGCAGGGUGGUGGUGGGUCCUUGGUGGUGGAUGAUGGAGCAUUUGCUGCUGCUUUGGCUGCUGUGGUAAGGACUCCACUCAAAGACUUCAUGGUCAUCAAGCAGGAAUGGGCUGCCAUUCGAAUCCAGGCAGUGUUUCGAGGUUUCUUGGCAAGACGAGCUUUGAGGGCCCUGAGGGCAGUGGUGAGGUUGCAAGCUAUAUUUCGCGGUUGGCAAGUGAGAAAGCAAGCAGCUGUUACUUUAAGAUGCAUGCAGGCUCUUGUGCGAGUUCAAGCCCGCGCCAAGGCAAGGAAUGUGGGGAAAGCUGUGAGUGACCCCUGCAAUGAAGCUGAUCCUGUUAAGCAAGCUGAGCAAGGAUGGUGUGACAUUCCAGGAACUGCGGGAGAAGUUAAGGCAAAGUUACAAAUGAGGCAGGAAGGAGCAAUUAAGAGGGAUAGGACAAAGGCAUACUCUCAGUCUAAGCAGAAAUCAACAGUGAGUGCUAGUCCAAACUCAAGAGCUUCUAAGCCAGUGACUCCUCUCAAGCACCGCAGCGUAGAUAGAAAGAGCUCAGGAUGGGGCAUGUUAGAUCGCUGGAUGGCUGCAAAGCCAUGGGAGAGCAGGUCGAUGGUAGACAUGUAUUUGGACUCAUCUGACAUGACUCCAGUGACUAGUAAAAGUGAUCAUUUUGUUCUUCCCUUUAAUUCUGAUCUACAAAAUGGCUCAGUCAGAGCAAAAAGGAAUGGUGUGACAACCAGGGUUUCAUCUAAAUCACUUACAACUAGUCAAUCAACUCCAUCAUCUUCAUCCAUAAGCUCUGAAUGCAUGUAUGAUGAUAGCCCUUUGUCAACUUCAUGCACAUCUGAAUCACCUGUACCACCUACCAACAAUGUUAUGGUUGAAGCAACAGAAGAAAGAAAUGUUUGUAAGCCAAGCUACAUGAAUCUGACAGCAUCAACCAAAGCUAAACUUAAACCCUAUCGGUUUUUUUCUCAGAAUUCGAAGAGAAUAUUUAUGGAUGAUUGUGUGUCACUAAGUGGAGUUACUAGAAGCAGUUCUGGUUCCUAUCCUUCUGCCAAUAUGUGGAAGAAUAUCUAUGCAACACCUUUAAGGACAAGUUAUGAAAAACGAUAUACAUUGGAAGAUAAGUAG